GUGGUGGCAGCAGCUGAGAGGAGCUGGAAGUGUGAUUGCAGCUACAGACUAGCUUCAAACUGCGAACGUUUCUUACAGCCUGGGAUAAAUAUGACCCUUGAGGAAUUCAGCGGCGUUGAGGAGAAGCAAGCAGAAAGCUCCGAAAGGAUGCAAGUUGCUGGCAAAGCCCUGGAAGAGCUGCUGAGCUCCGCGCAACGGCAGCACUGUUUGACCGUUGGAGUCUAUGAAUCUGCAAAAGUCAUGAAUGUUGACCCGGACAGUGUGGUGCUCUGCCUCUUGGCCACUGACGAGGAGGAUGAAGGCGACAUUGCUCUGCAAAUCCACUUCACUUUAAUUCAAGCAUUUUGCUGCGACAAUGACAUUAACAUCGUGAGAGUGAAUGACAUUCAGAGACUAGCGGAGAUCGUCGGCAACGCGGCUGACAACGAGGAGCCCAGGGAUAUGCAUUGCAUCCUAGUCACGAAUCCAAGUCAAGACUCCUGGAAAGAUCCAGCCUUAGAAAAACUUGGUGUCUUUUGUGAAGAGAGCCGCUGCACUAAUCAAUGGGUCCCCAACAUUUCAUUUCCUGAGCGUUGAAAUUAUUGCAUUGACUUGGUGGUGCUGGAAGUAUUGUAUUUUGAAGUCACUUUGUCAAGGAAAAGUGUUGGCUUCAUGGAUCUGUGGUUUAGACUGGUAUUUUGGUCAAGUCACAUGGACAUGUGACCAGUACGUUGCUGGUGAAUCGGAGGCAGUGAGGACUGAUGGCCAGGACUGAUGACUGCAGCAAGUUGGAUAAAUGGACUGUUGCACAUGACCACUUGGAUCUGGAGUGGUGAGGCGAGUGAGAAGUAUGCAGUGCAAACCUGCACAUGCCACAGAGCCCUGUUUGUUAUUGGAGGAGAUUAAAUGAUGGAUCAAGACCAGCAUGGAAGCUGUGGGACUUUUAUCUGAUUCUAUAACUAGACUGCAUUUAGUUGUGGAACAGUAACUUAUUUGACUCCAGAAUGGAAUUCAAACAUCUUAUUUAUAGCUCUGAGCUCUAAAUUUUUAAGAGAUGUAUUUUUUUAGAAAAUGGAUACAUGGUUCAUUCUUCAUGUAAAGCAGAAGAAUUAAUUACUGAAAUAAAGGAUAUAAAUGUC